AUGGGAAGACAACGAGAAAAGGAAUACCGGGCGACGUUCGGGGUGGGGUCGAAGACGGUUGAGCCGAAGCCCCGAAACUCCGACACGUACUACAACGACACGGUGACCAAGCUCCGCUCGGUGGGCUACGCCAACGCCAUCCUGUUCGUGGUCACCCAGGAGAGGGUAACCCCGACGCUGAUCAAGAACUACGGGCUGCUGUACAGAGCUCUGAACCGGCUCGACUGCGUGAAGAUGUUCGUGCUGCGGAGAGAGACGAGUUACUUGCUGCUCAACAAGUCAGAUCAGGAGGCUCACGAGAGCGAGUCACGAAGAACCGUGAACCAGAUCCUCGACGCGACCAACCUCAAGAACUUCAGCAAGAUGCAGUUCUUCAUGCUCACGAACGGCUCGGGAGAAGAGCAGGACAAGCAGGUCAAGUACAUGAGAGAGCAGGUGAAGAGAUCGCCAAGGGUUGAGGUAAACGCGACGGAGGGGCUGCGGCUCACGACGGAGGUGAAGUCGGACGACCUCGACGGCAAGGGAUCCGACGACGGGACAAUACGGCAGCACUACCCCCACUCUCUGUACCAGCAACGCACCGGAAAACGAGUCUUGGCCGGAAGGAAAAGAAAUCCCGCCGCAGCAGUGGUGCCGCGCAGCGUUUUUCACGCCGGUUCGGUUCGCGUGAACCGCUCGCAGAACCACUUCAUGAUGCACGUGACGGAACCCCCCUGAGGGUAUGCCUGUCAUGGUGGAAGAUGACACCAUGACCGCGCGUUGCCAGGUGAAUUUUAUACCUUGAACGGAUACGCCGUCCCACUACUUUUAUGCUGUACCAAGAACGUACGAUAUUGCGUUUCUCUCCUUUGUGCAGUCUGCGGAGCGCCCCCCCCUACUGUUGUAAAGUUUUACUCGUCGUGGAUUUUCCUUUUCUUCUGGUAGGGUUCUCAAGCUUCUUUCUUUACGCCCCUUCUCUGAAUUGAAGUGUAACAACGUUUGUUUUUUGCAGUAGAUUAAGCAGUUUCAGGUCUUUUUGCGUGUGGCAUGGAAGUUGCCUGGGGGUGCCGCAGGUUUGCCGGUAUGCCCCCCCCCCCCCUCCCGCGUCCCCGCGCACGGAAUAUUUGGCUUGUGAGGCUUGUUUUUCGCGACGGGAAGGCAUCGAGACACUUUCGGGCUUUCGGGGAGGGAGUUCUACUGGAAUUGUCGUUAAAAUAGAUUACAACUUUGCUCCCCAAUCUGGAGAGCACACGCGGGGAACUGUCGACUAGAAGAGGGCAGGGAGUGAGUUGAUCCUUGCCACCCCGACCCCCACCCCCGGAAACUGGGUGAUGUUGCGUUAUUUUUUUCCUUUUGCUGGUUUUGCCUGGUGUGUGAGUGUGUUUUUUUUUUCGUAUUUCUUUUGCUUUCUUCUUGGUGUUUUGAUGUACGCAACGACGCACCACGCUUCAGGGAUUUGAGUGACGGUUUGGGGCGGGGGUUAAGGUCCGCGGUUUGUUUCUGCCAGCACAGGGGGACGCGCCCGCUGGGGAAACAAAAGGGGGUCGCCGAACGUAUCAAACGCUGACCCGAUGUUGUUGAGGUGGAUGCAAGGCAGAGGAAGCAGGGCGGGCGUGGUAGAAGGGGCGCCCUGUUGUCUUCGAUGAAAAUGGGUUUUCCGUUUUGGGGUUUUCGGGAUGAUGUGUUUCCAUCAAAUUUAUUUUUUCGUUUUCGGAAUGACAAAUUUAUUUUUUCGUUUUCGGAAUGACUGAUUUCCAUAAAAAGUGAUUUUUUGCGUUUUCGUGGAGAGGGGAUCCGAAUGGAGUCCCCCCCCCCCCGGUUUUCAGGGUUUGAGGUUUCCACCCCUCGUUGGCUUCUCGCCUGUGUGCUUGCGUACGGGACAAGCGGAGGAGGGGGGGUGGGGGGGGGGGGAGUAGCGUUCCCUCUGGCCUUGCCGAAGCGAAUUCGGAACCAGCCUCAGGGUUGUCGGAAGGGGAUAGCCGAUGUUGGUUCAAAGUCCAGAUAACGUGGACGGUUGUAUAUAGGACGUUGCUCCGCUGUCCUCGGGGUGCAGGCUGUUCUUGUAGCCGUAUGUGUGAGUGUCUUUGUUUGUUAACAUGUUCUUGUCCGGCUAAUGUUUAGCUCUGCGGAAUUUCUGUGUGUCCUCUCUUGGGUGGUUGACACGUACGUGUCGGGCCGAGUCAUGAAGCGUUUUGCGCUUGGCAGCAAUGCUGUGUUUUUUGUCCUUUUUGUGGUUGGUUUGACAUGUCGAGCUAGAGUCAUUAAGCGUUUUGAGCUCGGCAACAAUGCUUCUUCUGUCUUGUGUGUUUCGUCCUUGUGGUUGACAUGUACGUGUGACCGAGUUCCGAUCUUUUAGCUUGACAACAAUGCUGUACGUUUUGUUUAUUCGUGGUUGACGUGUGGGGCCGAGUCAUGAGCUGUUUGAGUUUUGGUAGUAUAACGAUGCUGUGUUUUUGUGAACGUCGGUUGGGGGUGCUGGUGGUUGGUGUGGAAGGGAAAAUAAACAUACCCUUGGGUGAGCGUUUUUUUUUUUUUGACGUUGGGUGAUCGAACGAACGUUGAGCCUUUUGGCGACAUUGCUUGUGCUGUGCUUUUGGGGUUGCAGUCGGAAAAGCUCGCCUUUCUUUUUGUUGGCCGCUUUGCACGCAAGCCUCGAAAGGGUCUACAGAAGAAUAGACGACGGCGCCUAACUAAGUGCACGUAACAUUAAUUUGUGUUUUGCGAGUGCUGCUGCACUCUCCUCGCGUUAAUAAUAAUGCU